ACUUCUCUCCUCUCCCACUCCUUCCACCGGAGAAGACAGACCGACAAGCACCUCCUCCACUUCUGCUCCAUCACUAUGGCUACCAUGGUAUACUCACGGCCCUCCAUCGGCAGCGGUUUCGGCAGUGGUCAAACCAGAGGCAUGAGCUCAUAUAGCGUGACCGGAGGAGGUGGUGGUGGUGGUAUCCGGGUCUCCCAUGCUGGCAGGACCUUCGCUGCUGGCAGUGGUGGUGGUUUUGGCAUUGGCGGGGGAACCGGUGUGGGUUUCGGUGCGGGUGCAGGAUUUGGGGGUGGCUUUGGUGGAGGUGCAGGAUUUGGGGGUGGCUUUGGUGGAGGUGCAGGAUUUGGGGGUGGCUUUGGUGGAGGAGCAGCGCAGGACGACAGCAUCAUUGGCAACGAGAAGUUCACCAUGCAGAACCUCAACGACCGUCUGGCCAACUACCUUGCCAAGGUGGCAUCGCUGGAGAAGGCCAACAGCGAGCUGGAGCUGAAGAUCCGGCAGUUCGCAGAGACCAAGGCCGGCCCUGCCGCCAGGGACUACAGCACCUUCUACGUCACCAUCGCUGAGCUGCAGAGCAAGAUCCAGGACGCCAUCAUCGCCAAAGGCAGCGUCAUCCUGAGCAUCGACAACGCCCAGCUUGCUCAGGAUGACUUCAGAGUGAAGUACGAGAAUGAGCUGGGGAUGCGUCAGUCGGUGGAGGCUGAUAUCGCCGGGCUGAAGGCGGUGCUGGGAGAAGUGAGCAUGGCCAAGACCGACCUGAGCAUGCAAAUCGACAGCCUGAAGGACGAGCUGGCAUCCAUGAAGAAGAACCACGAGGAGGAUCUGACGUCCAUGCGGACUCAGAUGAGCGGUCAGGUUAACGUGGAGGUGGACGCUGCUCCUCAGCUGGACCUCACCGCGGUCAUGGAGGAGAUCAGAGAGCACUACGAAACCAUCGCUGCCAAAUCACUCAAAGAGGCAGAAGGCUGGUUCCAGGCCAAGUCGGAGGUCCUCACCAAGGAGGUGGCAGCCACAGAGAUGACACUGAAGUCAUCCACGGUGGAGGUGAAGGAGGUGAAGAGUCAGCUUCAGGCUCUGGAGAUUGAGCUCCAGUCUCAGCUCAGCAUGAAAUCCUCCCUUGAAGCCCAACUUGCCGAGGUACAGAGCCACUACGCCAUGCAGAUGGAAGGAUUCCAGAUGAGGGUGAGCGGUCUGGAGGAGCAGCUCAUGCAGCUCAGAGCAGACCUGGAGAGACAGGGGCAGGAGUACCAGAUGCUGCUGGACAUCAAGACCAGACUGGAGAGGGAGAUUGCAGAGUACAGGAGGCUGCUGGACGGAGAGGGAGUCAAAUCUUUUGUCUCCUCUGCCUCCUCCGCCUCCAAUACCUCUACCACCACUACAACGAAAACAGUUAUCACGAAGGUCGUGGAGGAAUCCACCUGAGACCGACUGGGUGUCUGUCUGCCCAGGGCUGGAGUCAAAUCUCAACCUUUCUUCACCUUCCUGCAUGCUGGAUGAGGGCACACUUCCACGUGAUUUCUCACCUUCUUCACUGCACAUCCAUUUCCUGUGUCAGAGGAAACCACAGCCAGUGUAAAGCUGAGGGUUUGUGAGGGGAAACAUUUUCUUGGUUCAUGUUGGAGAAACUUUACUGGUGCACCUGCACGUCUUCUGUGUGCUACUUCAAGAAAUAAAACUCAGCCCCCAAAAACAA